CAUAAACAGCAGCUCGAGUGGCGGAUCUUGGCGGAACGGCUUGUGGUACACGCAAGUGCGCUGGGCACUGUCUUCUCACGACGAGACCAGCCAUGGCCUCCGACCCGUGUGUAAAUUGUCACGAAGCCGAGGGAAAGUACAAGUGCCCACAAUGUACGCAACGCACAUGCUCUGUCGCCUGCUCAAAGAAGCACAAAGAGUCCCAUCCACCACAAGAGGCCGGGACCUCGACAGCUAUCAAGACGGACGGCAAUUCGCCGUCAACAAUACAAGGUUCUGAAGCAUGUAACACUGCAGAUGCCUCAACCUCAAACACGCAGUCGCAAAAGGCAAACGACCUCGCCGACAUGCCAGAGUACAAGAUGCUCAUGACGCGAUACCCGCAGCUCCUGAACCUGCUCUCGGGCAUCGCUGCGGCCACGGACCCACCCACAACGACGAGCACAUCGUCACUGACAGAGACCGCCGCCGGCAAUACUGCCCCACGAUACACAGGCAAGAAGCAGGAGCCCUGGACGCCGGACAUCGGCAUCCAGAAGGGCAUGGAGGUGCUCAAGUCGGCCAGGCAGGCGCGUGGGACCGACAGCGAGGGCAUCCGGGAGUUCAUCGAGCUGCACCGUCUAUGGCAGGCCAGGCAGCAGGAGGCUGCUGCCAACCAGGCUAGGACUGACCGGGAAGCCGCUGCUGCCGCGCGGAAGAAGCUAGCCGAGGCUGAUGCUCAGGCCAUCAAAGAGCUGUUGGAGAAAGAGAAGGCGAGUGCGAGGUGACCCGAGAUAGUGUUGUUCACCCUAUCAUACCAAAUCUGUAGAAUACCCACACUCCGAUGCGCACAAGAUGCAAGAUCAGCAUGUCUCAUACUCCAAGCAUCUCAACACCACGCGGCAACACAGCCUGUCGUAACGGAAGAUGAUGACGAGGAUAGCCCCUGGACAGUCAUCAGUGCCAGAUCACAAUCCAGCACAGCCGUUGGGACCGCAACACCAAUUUAGAAUACUCGCGGAUAAUCAAUACAAAAAUGAACAUGACACGACUUG